AGCGACUUAAAUAUUAUGGGUUUAUUGAGGCUGUUGCCUCUUUUCCUGCUGCUAUUGCUUAAAGAUGAUCAUCUGGCCCAGUCCCAGAGACGAGGAAACACAGGAGUGGUGACACAUUAUGGCAAUUGCAAUGCAUCAAAUUUCGGUCCCGGAAGAUGCGUUGCCUCAAGUGAUUGCGAUUUCUAUGACGUUAAUAUAUUGGAUUCAGCCGAUAAAUCGCAAUGCAGUUCCCAAGAAAGACCCGAUUUGAUCUGUUGUCCACGUGAACCGAACGCUUUACCUAUAUUAGCCUCACGUAUUUCGAAUGCGACAAUAGCACCAACACUAGCACCAACUAUAUCGAAUACAAAUUCUCAAAAGCGUCCAGGACCACCGUCUAGUCCGGAUGAGUUGCCCGAGUACCCCUAUUGCGGCUUAUCCUUUGCCUUUAAGGUCUUUGGCGGUGCUAAAACACGCAUCACAGAAUUCCCCUGGACAACCUUGUUGGAGUACACGAUAUUGCAGACACGGAGGAAAGAAUAUGUCUGCGGGGCUGCCUUCAUUGCCCAGCGUUGGCUAAUUACCGCCGCCCAUUGUGCUCAUAAGAAAUUCGUCGAGGAUUAUGGACGAAAAUUGACCGGUGCCCGAUUGGGUGAAUGGGAUCAGACUACCAAUCCGGACUGUAUAGUGUCGACCAACGGAAAGACAGAGUGUGUUCCGCCAUUCAUUCAGGCGUCUAUUGAUAAGAUUCUGGUGCAUCCGCAAUUUGAUUCCGGUAAUUUAACCCAUGAUAUUGCAUUGCUACGAUUGGCUCAGCCAGUGGAUUGGACCCAAUUGCGGCAUUUGGAAGCCGUGUGCUUGCCACCAGCACGAGGUCGAGAGGCCAAUCAACUGGUGGGCAGUGCCGUCGAUGUCUCCGGCUGGGGACGCACCGAGGAAAACUAUGCUUUGAGCGAUGUGAAGCGCAAGGCAAUGUUGCAUGUCCAGCCGCUGGAUCAGUGUCAGGCGGCAUAUGAGACUCAGGGCUAUAAGCUGGGCGAAGGUCAAUUGUGUGCCAGUGGGGGUUUGGGUGUCGAUUCGUGCAGCGGAGAUUCUGGCGGCCCACUGACCGCCGAGGCAAACACACCGCAACGCGAUCGCUAUGACUAUUUGGCUGGUGUCGUGUCGUAUGGCAAAACGGAAUGUGGAAAAUCCGAUUUCCCCGGUGUUUACACGAGGAUCAGUCAUUACAUAGACUGGAUUGAGGCAACAAUCAGAGAGAACCGAGGACGUUAGAGAAGGCAGGUAAAAGCCCAAUUUGAUUCCAGCCUGUCAGUUGUCAAGGGGGAAUUUUCUUUUCCAUUCAACGUCAUCUCUGUCCCUGACGUCACUAGUCAUGGUGGGGCGGAGACUUCUUCCGUUGUCUCUUUUUGUUUUUUUGUCUACUCUUCACAUAUUCUGUACUUUUUUUUUUGUCAUAUUAAAUUCAUGUGGGCAAUUUGUCCGAGACAUGUCAACCUCAACCUAUCAGGGCCAUACAAUCUAUAACUAAGAUUACGAAUUCUGUGACAUGGACACACACAGUGGAACAUGGCUAAAGUGCAUACAAAGAAAAUUAUUAUUCGAAUAUAGCGAAAACCCUCGCAGAUCGGGGAAAAAAAUAUAAUAUUUUCCCAUUGGCAUUUUUGACAAAAUAACUAUUAAUAACUAGAAUUAAGAUAAAGAAUUCGAAAAAGUCGAAAGACCAUGGGAGUUUCCAAAACAAUUUUCUAUAUUUCACAGACAAGAUAUGGGCAUUUCUGUUAUGUCUUUACGGACGUUUCUACACAUUCAAAGUAAAGACAUACCAAUCUUUCACAUUUUACCUUUAAAAAUGAGAUUCAAUUUGUUCGAACGGACAGUUUUUGUAUGCGUGUUAAUACAAAUAAGUAUUGUCAUAAAAUGAAAUAUAUGCAGGUUAUUUCAUUACUCUUAAAUCUUAAAGUAGUUACAAAUUGCACAAGUAUUUUAAAAAUAUU